UAGUUAAUGAUUUGCAGGCUGGGAAACAAAGAAGACAAGUUUAGGCUUUAUUCUAAACUCUUCUUUUUGUCCGAAAACUGACACCAGUAUAAAGCAAAGAAGUGACCAUCAUGUGGCUCCACCUGCUGGUAUUCCUCAUUCUCAUAACCCUGUACAGACGGUACAGGUACAGCCUGACACUGGAGAGUCUAGCAAAUAAAUAUGUGCUGAUAACGGGAUGUGAUUCAGGAUUCGGGAAUCAGCUGGCAAAGCAACUGGACAGACGUGGACUGAGGGUCCUGGCCACCUGCUUCACUGAGAAGGGGGCUGAGGAUCUGAAGAAGGAGACCUCCAGCAGGCUGCAAACAGUGAUCCUUGAUAUUGCAAACAACCAGAGUGUCAUUUCUGUUGCUAAAUGGGUCACUGAUAUAGUCGGUGACAAAGGCCUUUGGGGCUUGGUGAAUAAUGCUGGGACCGGGAUGCCUGGAACACCCAAUGAAUGGCUGUCCAAAGAAGAUUUUGCAAGAGUGGUGAAUGUGAAUCUGCUUGGGACUAUCGAUGUGACCCUCAAUCUUUUGCCAUUAAUCAGGAAAUCCAAAGGACGCAUUGUCAAUGUGUCCAGUAUUGCAGGAAGAGUGACCAUCUGUGGGGGAGGAUAUUGCAUCUCCAAAUUUGGAAUUGAAGCUUUUUCAGACAGUCUGAGGCGUGAAUUAAGACCCUUUGGGGUCAGAAUCUCAAUAAUUGCACCUGGUUACUUUAAGACUGGACUGAAUGAUAUGAAGUGGAUGAAGGACACUUUGAAGAACAUCUGGAGAGAUGUUCAUCCUGAAAUUAAACAUAGCUACGGAGAAAAAUAUUUUAAUGACUAUGUAUCUGACUUGGAGAAAAGUUUUCAGUUGUUUUGCAAUACAGAUAUUACGCAAGUUACAAACUGUAUGGAACAUGCACUAACUGCUGUAUACCCCAAAACACGCUACUCAGGUGGCUGGGAUGCAAAGUUCUUAUUUAUCCCACUCUCCUAUGUCCCUACUGUGCUGGCUGAUUACCUGCUUACGCGGACAGCUCCCACUCCUGCUUAUUAAAUUGUUUAAAUGCAAA